AUGGCGUCGGGAACCAAGGAAGACGAGGCUGGCCAUCUACCUGGCCAGUCCAACAGUGCCGUCAUCAGAAGUGCCAAAGCCGCAACUGAUAAGGAACAUGGUAUGACCUUGAUGCAGGGCAUUCGACUUUAUCCCAAGGCUAUUGGCUGGAGUAUCUUGAUCAGUACUUGCAUUGCCAUGGAAGGAUUCGACGUCUGCUUGUUACCGAAUUUCUACAACUUCCCUCGGUUCAAGGAAAAGUAUGGCCAGCCAUUACCGGAUGGAUCCUGGGAAAUCACGGCUCCGUGGCAAGCCGGACUCCAAAAUGGUGCUCAAGUCGGCCAAAUCAUUGGCCUUUUCAUCAACGGAUACGUCUCGGAGUGGCUUGGAUACCGAUACACCACGAUCUGCUGUCUCGCCCUGGUGGCCGGGUUUACGGCCAUAUUUUUCACCGCACAACGUGUCGAGGUUCUUCUGGUCGGAUAUAUCCUGUCGGGAAUUCCUUGGGGCGUGUUUCAAACCCUCACCAUUACCUACGCCUCGGAAGUUUGCCCGGUGGCCCUGCGGGGAUAUCUUACCACGUACGUCAAUUUCUGCUGGGGACUGGGACAGGUGAUUGGUAUCGGCGCCAUCAAAGGAUCACUCAACAUCCCGGACGAAUGGUCUUAUCGGAUACCUUACAGUCUUCAGUGGAUCUGGCCCUUGCCUCUCGCCGUGGGCAUCUUUUUGGCCCCGGAGUCUCCAUGGUGGCUGGUGAGAAAGGGGAGAGUGGCUGACGCGAAAAGGGCUCUUCUUCGUUUGACCAGCCAUAACAAGGAGACCAACUUUGAUGCCGAUGAGACGGUUGCUAUGAUUGCUCACACAACCGCUCUGGAAGCAGAAUUAACCGAGGGAAGCAGUUAUCUCGAUUGCUUUAAAGGCACCGAUCUCCGGCGAACCGAAAUCGUCUGCAUGUGCUGGGCCAUUCAAAAUCUGUCCGGUAAUUCAUUCAGUGGGUACUCCUCCUACUUCCUCACUCGGGCCGGCCUGGAUCCGUCCACCUCCUACAGCUUUGCUCUCGGCCAGUACAGCAUCAACAUGGUCGGAGUCUUUGGCGUGUGGCUACUGAUGAGUUGGGGUAUUGGACGAAGGACCCUCUUCUUGUAUGGGUUGUGUGGGCUUUUUACCAUGCUUCUGAUCAUGGGUUUCCUUGGGAUCCCGUCCGAUCGAGACGCCGCUGCCAUGGCUACGGGAAGCAUCAUGAUUGUCUGGGCGGCUGUUUACCAACUCUCCGUCGGCACCGUGUGCUACUCCUUGGUCGCUGAAAUGUCCACUCGACGCUUGCAAAUCAAGACGGUGGUUCUGGGAAGGAACCUCUACAACGUCGUGGGCAUUAUUUGUUCCGUCAUCACUCCCUACAUGCUUAAUCCCGGUCAAUGGAAUUGGGGCAAUUAUGCCGGCUUCUUUUGGGCAGGUGCUUGCUUUCUCUGCAUUAUCUACACCUAUUUCCGAGUUCCAGAGCCUGCCGGCCGAUCAUUUGCCGAGCUCGAUUUGCUUUUCGAACGGAAAGUGAGCGCCAGGAAAUUCCCGACCACAGACGUCAAUGUGUUUGAUGUUCAGGUGCACAGAGCAGUUCUUGAUCAGGCACACGAGAAACUGAGCAUUCGCGGUGAACAUGAAGAAAAUGUUGCCGUUCGGGUCGAGAAGACUGCUUGA